AUGGAUCAACUCAGCAUUCAAGACGAUGCUGAUGCUCAAUGGCUUGCCGAGAGAGGUGUUCCGUCAUUUGAAGAGCCUUUUCUCCAGAAAUACCUCCAAGGCAGAGAUGCUCUGAUCAACCAAGAGAAGAAGCAACGCAGUGACCAUGCUUUCCGGGAGACCCUGUCCCCAAUGGCACGCGAGGCAUGUGCCAUUGUGUCCGCCAUUAGGUUCGAGGAGCAGCAAACACUCUGGACCAAGGACUAUGAGGACAGUCUAGCUUCAGACUCUAGAGACAUAUAUCCUGGAAUGAUGUUUACUCUAGCUCGCCCCAAGAUUGAACAGUCGAAGCUUUGGAAGAUUGUCAAAAAGAUGCCCAAGGGUGCCCUCUUGCACUGCCACCUGGAAGCCAUGGUCAACAUGGACUGGCUCAUUGAGGAGGCGUUCAAUGUAAAGGGCAUGCAUAUCCAGGCUGGUCAACCUCUUGACUCUGAGGAUGCUCAGUCCACAGUACCUUUCGUCUUCAAAUGGCUCAAGAACCGCUCUGCCGAAUCAUCCUCGAUAUGGGACAAGUCUUACGCCGUUGGCCAAUGGAUUCCAAUUGACACUGCAGCCGACGCCUUCCCGCAUGGUGGACGCAAAGGCUUCGAAAAGUGGCUCAAGGAGCGCAUCACCAUUACCUUGGACGAAUCUGUACAGCACAUGCACGGUCCCAACGACAUCUGGCGCAAGUUCCAGUCAUGUUUCGGUAUCAUCUCCAGCUUACUUCACUAUGAGCCAACAUUCCGUACUUUCCUCCGCCGCAUGUUUGAAGACCUGGUCGAGGACGGUGUCCAAUACGUCGACAUCCGCAGCACAUUCCUCGACCCCUUCUACAAGGAAGGAUCAGAAGAGCCCGAGCCAAACAACGAACUCAUGAUCGAUAUCCUAGACGAGGAAGUCGAGAAUUUCAAAGCUUUGGGCAAGGGCUUCUGGGGCGCAAGACUGAUCUACACCACUCUCCGUAGCUUUGACUCGCGCAAAAUCAUCGAGAGCAUGCAAGAGUGUAUCGAUAUGAAAAUCCUCUACCCAGAGCUAAUCUGCGGUUUCGACCUUGUAGGCCAAGAAGACUUGGGCCGCUCUCUAGCGGAUCUAACACCCGAACUCUUCUGGUUCAAAAAAGCGUGCGCCCAAAACAAAGUCGACAUACCCUUCUACUUCCACGCCGGCGAAACCCUGGGUGAUGGCGACGAAACAGAUGAAAACCUUUUCGAUGCAAUUCUUCUAGGUACCCGCCGUAUCGGUCAUGCCUUUUCACUCUACAAACACCCUUUACUUGUCGACAUGGUCAAGGAGAAGAAGAUACUCAUCGAGAGUUGUCCGAUUAGUAACGAGGUGCUUCGCCUCACUGGCAGCAUCAUGUCGCAUCCUCUGCCAGCUCUGCUCGCUCGCGGCGUACCCGUCUCCCUCUGCAACGACGACCCUGCAAUCCUUGGUCAUGGACAUAGCGGCAUGACACACGACUUCUGGCAAGCACUGCAAGGAUGGGAGAACUUAGGUUUGGAAGGGCUUGCCUCAUUGGCAGAGAACAGUGUCAGAUGGGCAUCAUUUGAAGAUCUGAAUACACAGCAAUGGCAACAGGAACUCAAAGAUGGUGCUUAUGGUAAGGGCGAGAGGGCAAAGAGGAUGCAGCAGUGGGCCAAGGACUUUGAAAAGUUCUGUCAGUGGGUCGUUAUUGAGUUUGGCGAAGACCAGGACUUGAAUCCUGAAGAAUAG